AUGAAUUUCGAAUUUACUUCUGAUAUCAAAUCGAUUUUCGAGAAAGACCUUGUAAUAACAGUGAUGAAGAGAUGUUCUGCGCCUCUUAUCAACAUGAUUCAAAGCGGAAAUAAUCUUAUUAACACAAUUCAAUUAGCUUUUGCCGAUCCUGAACAAUUAGGAAAAUAUUUAUCGCUCUACAAAGGAUGUUUACACUAUAUUCUCCAAGGACCUGUUCAAAUCAGAGAAUAUAUUGCUUUUUCAGCAGAAUUUAUUUCCUUCAUUAACGCUUUUAUCAGUGAGAUUGGUCAAAAAACAAGAAAACAGGUUGUUGCUUUCAAUCACUUAUUCUGUUCGUUUUUAGAACUUACAGAAUUUUCCUUCAUUCAAAAAAUUAACAAUCCACUACCUUAUCUUCUUCCAUUUAUUUCUGAUUCAUGCAUAGGAUUCGUUGUAACGAAAAUUUUGCUGUCAUUCGAGACGAUUCCACCUGAAUAUAUUGAAACCUUCUUGCAGUUCUUUCCAAAGGAGGAUUAUGCUAUAUAUUGGUUCAGAUCUGCCCUUCACGAGAAGAAAUCCCUCGUUUCUCUCGAUGAUGCUCCACGAGUUGCUGAAAAUCUGUUAUCUCUUGCAGCAGCUAAAGAGAAAUCGAUAUUUAAGAUACAGUGCUAUGAAAUAUGCUACAUUCUCAAGACUUUCUCGAUGACAAACCAACUAAUGGAAGUUUUUGCAAAAUAUAAAGAAAAUCACGAUGUUACAUGUCACUUUGCCAUCAAAAUCUUCAACGACAUAUCAAUUGACAUACUUCUUAAAGCAUUCGAAUUACCAGAAAACAGCUUUUUGAAUAAUGCUGUUGUAUCUAACUUCAGAGCUUUGCCAAAAGCAGAACAAUGUAAAAUGGCCGAAACAUACGAUCUCUCUGACAAGAUUAUUUCACUCUACCAGUCUUAUUCUCGUUCCGCAGUUGUAUUCGAUCUUGGACUAUGUCUCAAAGCUCUUGGAAGUGCUUCCCCGAACCUUUCCAGUCCAGCCUGGGCUUAUCUUUGCCGUAGUGUCCUGUCAAUCAAACAUUUGACAUCAAUGAACUCAUAUGGCGGCCCGUUACCUUCCCCAGUUGCAAUGGGAGAGUCCUCAUCACCAAUUAUUGGCUCUCCUGCAAUUUCUGGCCUUACUGUCCAACAACAACCAUAUUCUCCAUUAGUCGGAAGUCCAAUUUUCGUUGCUUCUGAUCCACCUUCAAUAUUAUAUCAAUGA